AUGGAACUUUUCAAAUUAUUUAAUGAAUCUGUAUGUAAUGUAAAUUUAGAAGAAGGAAUUAAAAUUCGCCUUAGAGACGUUGUUGAGAUUUGUCUAUUGGCUUCAAGAACUAUAAUGGAAAUAUAUAAUACAUAUAAGGAAUCUGAUCUAAAUAUAAAAAUUAAAGAAAAGGAUAAUUCCCCUUUUACAAUAGCAGAUAUUACUUCAAAUGAACAAAUUUCAAAACAAUUAGCUUUUUUAUGGCCAUUAAUUCCAAUAAUAACUGAAGAAUCUGAACAGGUACCAUGGGAAAUAAGGAAAAAUUACAAAUUAUGCUGGAUAAUUGAUCCAUUAGACGGAACCAAAGAGUUUAUUAAACGUACUGGAGAAUUUACUGUUAAUAUUGGUUUAAGUGAAGAUGGAAUUCCAAUAUUAGGUGUAGUUUGUGUUCCAUUUCAGGGAAUAAUAUUUGCUUCAAGUAGAGAUUCAAAGUAUGUGUUUAAGCUUACAACUUAUUUGGCAUCCAAUACUAUUUGUGAUAAAUGUUUAAUUGAACCUAUUCAAUGUAGUCCAAAAACCGAUCCAAAUAAUAUAUUAACUAUUGUAGGAUCUAAUAGUACUCAAAAUCGUGAUAUAUUUGAUUCAUUUGUAAAAAAGUAUUUUAUGAGUUACUCUCUUGUAAAUCACGGUUCAUCUAUUAAAUUUAUGAAAAUAGCUGAAGGUUUAUGUCAUGUGUAUCCACGCUUUAUAGGAUGUAUGGAAUGGGAUUCUUGUGCCUGUCAUGCUAUUUUGAAGCAUGCUGGAGGAGAAAUUUAUCAAGUAAAUGUUGAGAGAGAUAAUGAUGGAAGUUUAAAGUUUAUACUCUGUAAUCCUUUAAAAUAUAAUAAACAAAAUCUUGAAAAUCCUUUUUUUUUAGCUAUAACUAAUGGAAUUUAUAAUUCUGUAUUUAAACAAAUUUAA